CCAUCAUCUUUUGUUUGCUCUCCCCUUCUCCAAUUAUUUUUCUGUUUCCUUUCAUUCCCUCUCUUCUCUUCAACAAUUUCGAAAACCCUAAUUUUUGUUUCUCUCCACGUUUGUAUUACCAUAUUACCUAAACUGUAACUUACCCACUUCUGCAAUCUGAUCAUGCUUUUAUUUUUCACUGGCCAAAUGUUGCAACAAAUUUCACUUAACAUUUUGUCAAAAACCAACAGUUUAGUUUAGGGUUUUUCUUUAUAGAAUUAGAUAAUCUAAACUGUGAGGAUCAGCAGUUUACAAUGUCGGAUGAUAUGUUGAUACAUUUCUCUUCAAACUCUUCUAAUCAAUCAGACCAGUCUUUACCAACAAAGAUUGCUAAACUUGAAGCUCGCAUGGUUGGCAAAACCCCGACCUCUUCUACAUCUGCCCAACCACCACCGCAGCAGCAGCAACAACAGCAACCUAUUUGGUCCUCUGUUUCGCCUGCAGCGAAAUUUGGGCUUACUGAAGAUUUGGUUGAUCAUAUUAGUUCUAGUGAUUCUGAUGAUGAUCAGAACAGAGGGGAGUUUCUUAUACAAGCAAACACUCAGAAGCGCCAGAGAAUACAAGAUAAAGAUUCAUCUGCUCUUGAACAUCUUGAGACAACCCACGUAGUAGCUGAUGGAAGGCAAAAGACUGGAGACACAGUUGAGCCAAAGACCAGCAUAGACUCGAAUAGAAGAAAACAAGGGCGUGGUAGAGGGCAUUCUGUUUCAGGAAGAGGUCGUGGCUCUAGAGUCAAUGAUCAGAUGAAAUCACAAGUUUCUUCUGCAGCAGCCAUGCCUUCAAACGGUCACCUCGAGAACUCAUACUAUAAGGAUAGUAGGCAAAAAGAGAACUUGCCCGAUGAUGAUCGCAAUUCCGUAGAGGACGAGGUUACUUCUUUACGUGCAAAAGUUGCAGCACUAGAGGAAGAACUUCAUAAAUCUCGUCAAGAGGCUUCUGAUAAUAAGAAUCAUUGUAACCAGUUCGAGAAGGAAUUGAAGGAACUAAAAGAUUAUGAACAACAAAUGAAGCCAAAGAGAACAAAAAUGAUAUCUGAUAUGCUGAUAUCUGUUUCAAAAGCAGAGAGACAAGAAGCAAGGAUGAAAGUUCGUCAAGAUUCAUUGAGGCUUGGCAAUGUGGGUGUGAUCAGGGCUGGAACUGUCAUAUCGGAGACUUGGGAGGAUGGACAAGUGCUAAAAGAUCUAAAUACCCAACUUAGACAUCUAUUGGAAAUGAAGGAGGCUGUUGAGCGGCAACGGAAAUUACUAAAGAAACGACAACCUGAUAAGGGCGAUGGACCAGAUGGCGAAUCAGGUAUACAAGAAGAAGAUUUUCUAAUCCAGGAUGAGAUUCUUAAAUCUCGCCUUGCAAGCAUCAAACGUGAGGAAGAAACUAUUUUGCGUGAGAGAGAUCGAUAUGAGCUAGAAAAGGGACGGCUUAUACGUGAAAUGAAAAGAAUAAGAGACGAAGAUGGCUCCCGUUUCAAUAAUUUCCAGAUAUUGAAUCAUCGAUACGCCCUUUUAAACCUUCUUGGGAAAGGAGGCUUCAGUGAGGUUUACAAGGCUUAUGAUUUGGUAGAGCAUAGAUAUGUUGCAUGUAAGCUUCAUGGACUGAAUGCCCAGUGGAGCGAGGAUAAGAAGCAAAGUUACAUAAGACAUGCAAUUCGAGAGUACAAUAUUCACAAGACAUUGGUGCAUAGUCACAUUGUUCGGCUUUGGGACAUUUUUGAGAUUGAUCAGAACACUUUCUGUACUGUCUUAGAGUACUGUAGUGGAAAAGAUCUUGAUGCGGUUCUUAAAGCAACACCUGUAUUGCCCGAGAGAGAAGCUCGGAUCAUUAUUGUCCAGAUAUUUCAAGGUCUUAUAUACUUGAAUAAAAGAGCACAGAAGAUCAUACAUUAUGAUCUGAAGCCUGGGAAUGUUCUGUUUGAUGAGUUUGGUAUUGCUAAAGUUACUGAUUUUGGUUUGAGCAAGAUCGUGGAGAAUGAUGUUGGGUCGCAGGGUAUGGAACUUACUUCCCAGGGAGCUGGAACAUAUUGGUACCUUCCACCAGAAUGCUUUGAGCUUAGCAAGAUCCCUUUAAUAUCAUCAAAGGUUGAUGUCUGGUCAGCUGGAGUUCUAUUUUACCAGAUGCUAUUUGGCAGGCGUCCUUUUGGGCAUGACCAGACUCAAGAGCGUAUCUUGCGUGAAGACACUAUUAUCAAAGCUCGCAAGGUUGAUUUCCCAUCAAAGCCUUCCAUCUCAAAUGAGGCAAAAGAGUUUAUUCGCCGAUCUCUAACAUAUAACCAAAUUGAGAGACCAGAUGUUCUAACUAUCGCACAAGAUCCGUACCUUACGUAUUCGAAAAAGUAAUGUAUAUAUACAGCAGGAAGGUGGAGGACAGUGCCUUUUUGUCCAACUCUCAGUUUUGUACAGCUUGUCAAGGUUUUGUAAAUUUUUGCAUGCUUGGUUUUUCAGGCAUACACUUCAGCGCUCUGCUCCAUUCAGUUAAAGCUUAUUCAUCUUUUUUUAUUUCUUUCUUCAUUAUAUGCUGUAACCGGUGAUAAUAUCAUUUGAUAAAAGGAAAAGAAAUAAUAUAAAGGAUCAUUUUACUGCAAA